CGGGCAGUAGAAUGGAAGGACCGUCGCUGUCAGUCCAUAUCCUUGCUCUUUCUUUCUAAUGAAGACAGACGAACGAAGGUUGACAGAUCAAAGAAGCUAUAAAGUUGGAUAACCUCUAUACUUCACAGGACAGACGUCAUGGGUUGCAAGAAAUCCAAACUGAACACGGGUCUCAAUGGGGGAGGCGGCCUGGAGGUGAAGAGCCAGCAGCCUGUACGUACUGACCCAACUGUCUAUUCGAGAGAUCCCACCUCCGGUAGACAACGUCUAAACACCCCCCUUCCUUCUGGUCUGCUACCUGGUCAGGUGUUCCAGAAAAUGGAAGAGCAUGGUGAUUCCGAAAAGAUAGUUAUUGCCAUAUACCCAUAUGAGGCAAUUCAUCCUGAUGAUCUGGGAUUCAAGAAGGGUGAAAGACUUAAGGUUCUUGAAGAACUUGGGGAAUGGUGGAGAGCCAAAUCUCUGACCACCAAGAAGGAAGGCUUCAUCCCCUCCAACUACGUCGCCAAGGCAGACAGCAUGGAGACAGAGGAAUGGUUUUUCAAGGAGAUAACCAGAAAGGAUGCAGAGAGACAGCUGCUGGCACCGGCAAACAAAGCAGGCUCUUACCUCGUUCGAGAAAGUGAAACAUCUAAAGGAAGUUACUCAUUGUCCUUAAGAGAUGUGGAUGCUAAGGGGAUGGAAGCCAUCAAACAUUACAAGAUCAGAACCCUGGACAACGGAGGAUACUACAUCUCUCCCAAGAUCACCUUCACCGACAUAGGCACCAUGAUCAAACAUUACCACAAACAAUCAGACGGCCUGUGUCGGAAGCUGGAGAAGAUCUGUGAGAAGCCUAAGGCUCAAAAGCCUUGGGACAAAGAUGCGUGGGAGAUCUCCAAGGAAUCCAUCAAGAUGAUGAAGAAACUGGGAGCAGGGCAGUUUGGAGAAGUCUGGUUGGCCUCCUACAACAACUCGACCAAGGUGGCAGUGAAGACACUGAAGCCUGGCACCAUGUCAGUGGAGGCCUUCAUGGAGGAGGCUAACCUGAUGAAGAAUCUGCAACAUGAGAGGCUGGUCCGUCUCUACGCCGUGGUUACCAAGACACCACCCAUUUACAUCAUCACUGAGUUCAUGUCUAACGGAAGCCUGUUAGACUUCCUGAAGAGUGAGGCAGGGUGUAAGAUCCAGUUACCUAAGCUCAUUGACUUCUCGGCACAGAUUGCGGAGGGCAUGGCCUACAUAGAGAAGAAAAACUACAUCCACAGAGACCUGAGAGCAGCCAACGUCCUGGUGUCAGAGAGCCUCCUCUGCAAGAUUGCUGACUUUGGUCUGGCCAGGGUCAUAGAAGAUGACCAGUACACAGCCAGAGAGGGAGCAAAGUUUCCUAUCAAGUGGACAGCACCAGAGGCUAUCAACUACGGCUCCUUCACCAUCAAAUCUGAUAUGUGGUCUUUUGGAGUCCUCCUCUAUGAGAUCCUGACCUAUGGGAAGAUCCCAUACCCAGGUAUGAGUAACGGUGAGGUCAUGACGUCAGUACAGCGUGGUUACCGGAUGCCCCGCCCAGAAAACUGCCCCAGCGAGCUCUAUGACAUCAUGAGCACCUGCUGGAAGACCAAGCCUGAAGACCGGCCUACUUUUGACUACAUUCAGAGUGUCCUUGAUGAUUUCUAUACUGCCACUGAGGGACAGUACCAACAGCAGCCCUAGAGACACAGUUCCAACCUUGGCUUUUGAGUUUGUAAACUUUGACAGCACUCGAUGCAGUACCAUUCUGGCAUUGCUUGUUUUUCUUUGGUGCCAAACAAGCUGACUGAACUAAAUAAUCUUCAUAUUGAAGCAUACACCUGCUUGUAAAUUGCACAUUGUAGAAUGAGUCAAUAUUGUUGUUGAAAGGUAUCCUACCCAACUCCUCAUGCAAAGUCUUGUAAUUAUUUAUUUCUCUGACUGCUUUAUCUUUUUAAUCCAUUCUUAAAUUUGACUAGUGCCUUGUAUUAAUCUUUUUUAUUUUGUAUUGAGGUUUUUGGUCUACCUAUAUUUUGCUUGACAAAUCAAGGUACUUGUGCUUUUUCUUAGGCUGGUAGCAUAUAAAAAAAUGAUUGCCUUUCCACCUGCCUCAAUACUAAGGAAAUCAGAAGAAGGACUAGAGUACGAUUAAAAUAGUUAUAGAUAAUAUUGGCUCAUCAUAGAUAAUCUAUGACAUUAUAUACAGCCUAGCAUUACUCAAUGAUAUAUUUUGAUGAUGAUGUGAUGAUAACUAUUCGUGUAUUGCAUGUGAUUUAUGAUAAUUUAUCGGAUUCGUCAAUAAAACAAUU